ACCGUGACUCGCCUAAUUUGCGUUCCUUUUUACUCCCUCUCUCAGUUGAGGUUCAAUCUCGGUAGACAGAUCACUUGGCCGCAUCCGAUUCCAGGAGAAGGUUGAGCAGAAAACCGGACGAAUAGAAAAAUAUUUAUACGCAUUGAAUUUGUUAAUAAUCUUUCGUGGUUAUCGUGAUUGUAAUCUGAGAACCUAACUGACUUGAAUUUGGUGUUAUUACUUGCAUUUCUGUAAUUCCUCUUCAUAUCAAACCUUCUGCUAUAUAUUCAUUUAUUUAUUCUUUAUCAAACCCUUCCCCAAGCCAAACAUUAUUUGAAACAGCAAUGGCGAAGGUAAUAGUGUUCACGUUUCAUCUCCUGAUGGUGCUUCACUAUGGCUACUCCAUCAAGUUCUAUCUGCUUGACCUUAAACCACCGGAGUUCAUGAAAAAGGUCAAUGACAUAUUCGGUGGCCCUUUUAAGUUCCUCACUUUUUGGGACAUGCUGGUGCAGUUCCUGUACUUCGUCGUCGCCUUCGCCAAUGACCUCUUCGGCAGCAGCGUCGUGGAGCGGAAGAAGCAGUCCCUCCUGCAGAAGUUCCGAGAUUUCUCCUUCAGCACCGUCGUCUUCUUCCUGGGGAGUAUGGUGAGCAUCGUCUUCUGGCUCCUCUUCAACCUGAACCGCGACCUGAUCUUCCCCGAGCUGUUCGACGCGUGGUUCCCGUCCUGGCUGAACCACGCGAUCCACACCAUGCCUCUGAUUGGCGUCUUGGUCGAGCUGGUUCUCGUGCCGCAUUCGUUUCCCUCGAGAAAGGUUGGGUUCUCGAUGGUGGCUGCCGUGGCUUGCUUCUACCUUGUUUGGGUCAGCUACAUCGCAUAUCUCACUGGCUUCUGGGUGUAUCCUAUCCUUGAAACGUUACCCAUGGCAGGACGAGCAAUUUUCAUCGGCAUGUGUAGUCUCCUGUGUAGUUUUAUGUACGUUGUAGGAGAAUCGUUAAACAACAAGUACUGGGGUACUCCCACGAAGAAGAAGGAAUAACAGCCAAAUACGAAUAAUAUUACUUGAUGAAAGCGCACUCAGGGAACACGAAGCCGCUCUCCAUAUGUCUUUUGUUUGUAAACGUUUGGCGGUUAUCUUUUGUUUCUAAACGUUUGGUGGCUGUUUUCUUUUAAACGUUUGGCCAUUUGUGUUAAUGUAGUGUUGGAGUGCAUUUCAUUGUAUUGUAUUUUGAGUAAGACGGGUUUUGCUAAUGCUUAUUUUAUUGUUUUUUUUGCAAGAAGGAUUUUUUUUUUGUAAGUUUACACGAGUUAAUAGAAAAUAUUGGCUAUGGAAUGCCCCUCCCCCCCCUUCAUUUUAUUUUCCUCUUUUUCUAUAUGUUAAUUUUCUAUUGUAAUUAUAGAUCUUAUGAAUGACAUAUGGCGACUAAACUAGUCCUAAUUUCGGAAUUCUGCAUAUGGUGAUGAUUGGCAACUUUGUAACACUCAUUUCGUGUUAUAGAUAAUUGAUACGACAGACGAAUAACUAUUGUUCUUGUAUCGAUGUUGGAGAAGGCUUUGUAUUAGAAAUAAAGCAUUUUUCUUUUGA